ACUAUGGUGCUUCCGAACAUCCUGAUCACCGGUACACCAGGAGUUGGAAAAACCACACUAGGCAAAGAACUUGCAUCCAGAUCAGGACUAAAGUACAUUAAUGUGGGUGAUGUAGCUCGAGAAGGGGCAUUAUAUAAUGGCUACGAUGAAGAGUAUGAGUGUCCCAUUUUAGAUGAAGAAAAAGUAGUUGAUGAGUUAGAGAACCAAAUGGCAGAAGGUGGAGCUAUUGUUGACUACCAUGGUUGUGAUUUCUUUCCUGAACGAUGGUUUCAUGCAGUUUUUGUGUUGAGAACAGAUAACAGUAUAUUGUACAAAAGACUUGAAACAAGGAGUUAUAAUGAGAAGAAACUAGGAGACAAUAUUGAGUGUGAGAUUUUUCAAGUUCUUUAUGAAGAGGCCAUGUUAUCAUACAAGGAAGAUAUUGUGCACCAGCUGCCCAGCAAUACGCCUGAAGAGCUAGAGGACAACAUAAACCAGAUCUUGAGAUGGAUUGAGCAGUGGGUCAAAGGUCACAACCCGUGACU